UGUUUCAGUAGAUAAACACUGAAGGUCAAAAUGAAGAACAGAUGAAGUGCUUCAAGAAAAAAAAAAGAGUGAAUAAACAGAAUGGAUGUGGUGUAAGACGACGACCUCACUGUGCUUCAGGGACUGAAGUGUCUGUGUUUGAUUAUGAGCCUGAGGGGUUGAUCAGAGGAUCAGUAGCUCCACAUGACUACACUGUGACUGACUGUGUGUGUGUGUGUGUGGGUGUCUUUUGGUAUCUUCUCAUUUCUCUUCUGAAUGAGUUCCACACUGCUGGUAAAUACCUGAGUCACAGGUUCAGGUCUAAAUAAAGGAACCAGACAGUGUUCUAGAGUCUGAGAUAAACUGGAGCAUGAGGACUUUAUAGAUCUUCUCUUUUCUGGAGUGGACGGAGGGAUAAGAAGAUGAGCAGAUGAUGACAUUCUCCACUUGACCACUUUAAGGUUAGUAAGUGGACAGAGCAUACACUGGGAGACAGACCACACCGCUCUCCAGGUCACAAUCCUCUCCAGGCCACACCCCUCUCCAGGCCACACCCCUCUCUUGUUCUUUUCUUUUUCUGUCCAUUCCUCCAUGUGUGUCGCUUGGUGAGGAUGGGUAUGGCCUUUAGGAGGUUCUGCGCUCGAUUCUGCUGUUGCUGCUGCGUCAGUGACGAGGAUGAAGAUGAAAAAAGGCCGAUAUUAAGUAAUGAGACAUUGGAGUAUUUUGACCGUGAGGCAAAAAAGAGACGAGAUCAGGAGACGAAUCUUUGGAGUGAACCUGGAGAUCCUUCACACUCAGAGAGAGACGACGACCGAACGCUUUAUAACCUCCUACAGAGCAGAGCUAAAACACGCAGGGGCUCACAGGGAUACAGGAGGCUGAGUGUGGACAUCGAGGCCAUGAGAGAAGUUAGGAGGGAAGUGAGGGAUAAGUGGAUGAUGAUCCUGGAGAAUCUGGGCUUUAUGCAGGAGGCGGAGUCUCUGCUAACGGUCAAUGCAAACGCAUCGUAUGACCGUAUGAAGAACGCAGCAACGGCUCGGAGCCUGUUACACACACUUCACUCAGAGACCUCCAUCUUUAACAGCAAAGAGCCUCCACCUGAGAGAUACUUGUUCAUCCUGGACCGGUUGAUUUAUCUGGAUGCUGCAGAUGACUUUGUGGCUAAAGCUCGUCGUUUUUAUCCUCCCAGGGAUGAAGAUGAAGAGGAGGAUAAAGCGAUAAACCUGCCCCUGCUGCUGUCACGUGUUAAACAGCACCUGAAUACAGGAGAGGAUGAUGAUGAAGAUGAUGAUGAUGAUGAUGAUGAUGAUGAUGAUGAUGAUGAUGAAGAGGAUAUGAGUGGGCAGGACGAUUAGCUAUACAGUGUUUAUUUAAAGUUUGAUCUGUUCUUUAGUGUAAAAAAGAUUACAGUGAUACUGAUCAUAUUACU